AUGUCCUCAAAGCUUUCGCUUAGUGUGCUAAUUAUUGGUGCUGGGCCAUCAGGAAAUACAGCAGCGACAGCGUUGGCUUCAGAUGGUCACACUGUCACCGUGCUCGAAAGACACCCUCAACUCCAGACACGGGGAGGCAAUAUCAUCGUACAGCCUUCUGCAGUUCAAUGCCUGAACCUGAUCGGUAUUUCGGAAUCUUUGGACCAAAUAUCAGUGGAUACAACAAAUCAUUACUUAUGGAGGUGGAAGGACGACGAGCCAUUCACAGAGACGAAAGCAAUACCUGAUGGAACGAUCCGAAAGCCCACGGAUAGACCAUCGUUGCAGCGGAUCACUUUCGAAGCUGCUGUCACCGCUGGAGCGAAGUAUCUCUUUGGCAAAACUGUUGUCCGUAUCGAUGAGCACGAGAGUGGCCAGCUGUUGGUGAAAGUCGCGGAUGGUGACGAAUACCUGGCCGAUUUGGUAAUCGGUGCCGAUGGCAUCAAGUCGAAAGUCCGCGAGCUGAUGAACCCCGGACAAGACAUGAAGCCAGUGACGUCGCCUGAAUGUAUCUUCCAGACGGAGGUUGACAUCGGCAUUGUGCAGCGAGACCCAGUCGCCGCCCCGUUUGGCGUCCUUUCACACCACCUUAUGUUCGGUCCCGGGCGUUACUGUAUCGGUCGACCAACCGCUCACGGAAGCAUGCGCUUACUCUUAUGCAAUAUGGAAUACGGCUAUCCCCUCACGGAUGAAGAUCUUGACGGAGCCUGGAACUCGGACGGGGACCCGGCCGAGAUACGCGAGGCGUUCAAAGGCUUCGGUGCGCCGCUGCGUGCCUACAUCGAGUGUGUGGUGCGUGGUGGCCGUCCAAUCGACAAGUGGCAUAUCGCAACCGCACCUCAGAUGGAAACCUGGCUUGGAUUUGGCGGACGUUGUGUCCUUAUAGGAGAUGCUGCUCAUGCCAUGGUGCCGCAUACCGCCCAGGGGGUGAGCCAGGGUAUUGAAGAUGGCCUGGCUAUGAGCACAGCUCUCCACUGGGCUGUUAAGCGAGAGGAUCUGACUUCUAUUUUGCAGAAGUGGGAGGCGCUACGAAAACCGCGAGCCGAGAAGAUGUUCGAUGCCGGCCAGAAGAACAUUGCCAUGUUCACUCUUCCCGACGGGCCGGAACAAGAAGCCAGGGAUCACAGACUCUCGACGACAGGCUUCACUGGCCGGCCAACAGACUGGAAUACUGUUAAAAUGGAUGAGAAUGCUCCCAGGAUGUCACCAGAGUAUACAAAAUGGGCCAUGAGCUACGACGUGGUUGCAGAGACGAACAAAAUUUUCUCCAAGACAUGA